AUGGAAAUGAGCCACCGCGGGAAGGAUUUAUGUUCCAUUAUCGAGAAAGACGAGGCCAAUCUACGUGCGUUUCUCAACAUCUCUGAAGACUACGCCGUUUUGUUCCUCCAAGGUGGGGCGGAUUUAUGUUCAAUUAUCGAGAAAGAAGAGGCCGAUCUACGUGCGUUUCUCAACAUCUCUGAAGACUACGCCCCUGAUGACACCGUUGACUAUCUCGUUACUGGUUCGUGGGGAGACAAGGCUUUCAAUGAAGCUAAGAAAUACUGCAAACCCAAAGUUGUUUGGAAUGGGAAAUCGGUGAAUUACGUGAAGGUUCCCUCGUUUGAUGGGUUGGGACUAAGCUCGAAUGCCAAGUAUUUGCAUAUAUGCGCCAAUGAAGCUAUACAUGGGGUCAAAGCAUCAGAAAAUCUGUAUGCACAGGAGGUAAAGCAAAGGAAGGAACUUGAGAAAGCCCACGUUAAUAGCAUAUGGGACCCAUGUUAA